AUGGACGAGAACAUUCAACAGUUCGCCUCAAUCACCGGCGCUUCGACCGAACGCGCUCGAUUCUUCCUCGAGGCCGCAGGUGGCGACCUGCAGACCGCCAUGUCGAGUUUCUACGAAUCCGAACCCUCGCAGUCCGAGGCAGGCGCGGAAGCGGAAACAGAUGCAGCUGGCACCAAUGAGAGCUCGACUCCUGCCGUUUCGGACACGUACACGGGCCCGCGAACACUGUCGGGUCAGCCUGUGGAUCCUUCCGCUGUCUCUGGCUUCGGCGCCUCGUCAGCCUCGAGCAGAGCUUCCCGUCCGGCAGCCAGCGGUGCGAGCCGUGGCGGCAUCGCGACAUUCCGCGACCUUCAGUCUGCUAGCAGCGGUGGUCCUAGCAGAAGAGCCGGUGAUGAUGACGACGAGGACGACGAUGCCGACGACGACGAGAUGAACUAUUUCGCCGGUGGUGAGAGGAGCGCGCUCAGCGUCGAGAACCCGGAAGCACGUCGUCGCAGGGAUCAGACAGGUGGAGAUCUGGUGCAGGAGAUUCUGCGCCGUGCUGCUGAAGAGGGCAAGCGUCACCCCGAGGAGCUGGCAGCUGCUGGCUCCAAAUCGUCUGGCAGCCGACCCUCGGCUUCCUCCUCCUCGUUGGCCUUCACCGGUCGCGGCAGGACCAUCAACGACGCUGCCGAGGCCGAACCGUCGUCCUCCUCCGCCGCUGCCACCUCGAUGCCCGGUGGCUUUGGCAACAGGCCUGGCGCUGGCAAUUCCACUGACGAUGAUGACGAAGAGGACGGAGAGGGAGAAGUGGCGAUUCGCAACCUCACCUUCUGGCAGGAUGGCUUUUCGAUCGAAGAUGGCGAGCUCAUGCGCUACGACGAUCCCGCACAUGCCCAGACGCUGGCCGCCAUCAACUCGGGACACGCUCCUUUGGACUUACUCAACAUUCGCUUCGGCCAGCAGGUGCACGUCCACGUGCAUCGCCGCACCGACGAAAAGUACAAGCCGCCACCCAUGAAGGCGUUUGGCGGUUCGGGCAAUCGACUCGGCUCACCUGCACCUGCUUCCUUUGCUUCCACGCCUCGAUCGGAGCCCCCUGCUGCCGCUGCCGCUGCCGGUGCUUCUGCUUCGGCAAGUGCAGGUAGCCAAGACUUCCAGGUGGACGCUGACAAGCCCACCACUCAACUGCAAGUUCGAUUGGGCGACGGUCAGAGAAUGACGGUUAGACUCAACACGCAUCACACGGUAGCGGAUUUGAGGAGCUAUAUCAAUGCGGCCAACCCGGGAUUGUCGACUCGAAGCUAUACGCUCAACGCCUCGUUCCCACCAAAGCCGCUGAUGGACGAGUCGUUGACGCUGCAGGAAGCAGGGUUGCUCAAUGCGGUGGUAAUUCAGAAGUUCCAGUGA